AUGAUUAAAUUAUCCGGGUGCUUUAGCGCUGUAACUUCGUUGGACAACAGGAUCUCCCCAGUUGGAAACGCUUCAUGGGUACGCAGCUACAGCAACAGCGAACCUGUUUCAAAACUGACAAUUCGCCAGAGAAGUAGCAGUGAAGUCGCACCAACAACUUAUUCAUUUAUCUUCCGUCAGGGCCGUAAAAAGCCAUCAAAAACAAACGGACAAGGACAUUUACAUGAUUCAAACGUUAGUUUUAUGCAUCUUCUUCGGCGUGCUUCCGCCAGCGAUGUCGAUGACUUGGAAGAGAACAUUAGCCUACCCGAAAGCGUGUUGGAAAAACUUUCGCAAAACGAAAAAAACCAUAUUUUCAAGGUACUUAGCAGUGCUAAAAGGAAAAGGAGCAACAGCAACCAACCGUCUUUCAACUCUGUGUAUAGUGAUUCACAACCCAACAACUUCGACAACUUUACAGAUCUGAAAGAUUCUGAAAGAAAACACAUAGAGCAGGUUAUUGCAAGAGCUAAGCAAAGUGAACAACCUUUCGUCAUCAGAAAAAAGGCCGAAAACUCUGUACUGGACGAUGUUGAACAAAACCUGAGGUUGACAUCGGUUGCAAAUGAUAAAAGUACUAAGGUAAAUGAUAAAUAUCAUGAUACCAGUGAAAGCAAAAGUGUAAUCAGCGAUCAUUGUGUUAUUUCUAACGAAACAUCGGAGUCUACACGUCGGGAGGAGGAUGAAACCAAGCCGUCGGAAGUGGACAUUUCUUCUGCAGCUGCGAUCCAGUCAGAAUUAAACGAAGAUGAGCUUGAGCAUCUCAAAAAAAUGGCAAAGUUAGCUGAAAUUAUGGAUGGCGAAUUAAUGGCCGCUUCAAAUCCAGCUCGAAAUUUAGAUCCGCAUGGGGAAGUCAGAGCAGAUUUUGCUAAUUCUGCAACCUCAGAACAAAGCCAGAAACGGUCUGAACCAAGCGAGUUGAAUCUUCCUGAAAUCAGCCUAGAAGAAAACUCAACAUUGAAAAAUAAGCAAGUGAGAACUUCUAGUGUUUUGGAAAGUAUAUUCCCUUUAAAAAGGGAUAUAAGAGAGAACCCAGUCUCACGUUUUGGUAAAAUCCUUGAUCCAACCUCCUUCGGAAGAAAAAAUUAUUUCAAAACGAACCUCUUCCAUGCUGAGCUUCCAAGCAUUACUGCGACAACAACAGGUGGUGAUUUGAAGGAAAACGUGCGACCUCAAAAGCUUCACAAGAGUAAAGCGUCUGACCACAAACCUGAAGAUCUUCCGACAAGUACUGAUGCAGUUUUUAUGCCUAGCGUGAAACAUUCAGUAGAGAAAUUUUCUGGAGACGUUGGUCAAAAAAUUCGUUCUUCGAUUUUCGCUCAGCCGCUUGCUUCGAAAACAGCCUCAGCACCCGGGAAUGACACUGGGACUUUUGUGAAGAACGAAACUUUGAAAGUCUCUUUUUUAAGUAGUGCGUCAAGGAGCAAACAAGUGACUAACGCAACUAUGAAAAACGUUCAGGCAAGCAAAGAAACACCACGUUUUUUUGAAGUUCCUUACGGAGAGUUGCCAUCAUUGGUUAUUAAAACCGCGCUUCCCGAUAAAAAUGACAGUGACCUAUUGUCCAAGUCUGAGUGCAGCAGUGAAGGAUCGCAAAAAGAUGAUCAAAGUGACGAGGCAACGAAGGAAAGGCUGACGCACGAGAUAAAAAAGACGGUACAACCUGAUCGUUUUCAAAGUAAUGCAUACAUUAAGGAAUAUUCGUCAAAAGAAUCUAAGACUAUUUCCACCGAACCAAAAGGUAUAAAAAGCAUCGAAAAUCAGCUGACAGAUGAAGAGUUGGAAAACAUUAGGAGAGUGCAGGAAAUGGCUGAGGCUGAAAGUGCUCUAAGAUUCGACAAACUUCCUACACCUUCGACGCAUUAUUUCCACACACAACUGUUAAACAAAUUGGUUCCUAAAGAAUCGUUACCAAGUAAACUGAUGCCCUCGGGUGAAAUUAUUAAUGAUAUGGUAAAGUCCAAGUCACAACUGACUACAGCCAUCCCUCCAACCGUACUAGCAGAACAUGCACUGAAAGCUGUAAAACAGUCAAAUGAGACAAGUAAAAAUGUUCAGCCACUAAUUAGUAACUCUAGUAAGUCACUGCCCUCUCAACUAACAAAAUUGAAAAGCCAUGUUCAAGGUGAACUGACAGAAGAAGAAUUAAAUCAUAUAAGACGCGUAACCGAAAUGGCUGAAAAUGAUUUAAUGAGCUUCCAAAACCAAAACUCUGCUGGUCCUGCCAAAUUAAGCAAAGAUAGAAUGCCAGAUAAAGAAUUUAAUGAAAAGAAUUUGGAAACAUUCCAACGCAAAGAAAUAUUUGGUAAAGGUUUCGAAAAAAUUGGUAGUACGAUUAGCAACGCUACAGGCAAUUUAACAUCUUAUCUGGUACGUGGAGGUGAUGGGAGGGAUAAUGACUUUAAAACGUCUCAACUAAACGAUUUAAAAACCAGGGUUUCUCUGACUGAUUAUGGGCUGACUGCAGAAGAGUUAGAGCACAUAAACAAAGUUAACGAGAUGGCGCAAGCAGAACUUUAUAGCCAUUAUUCAGCUACAUCUUCAAAUUUCAACUACAACAAACAAGAUGUUGAAAGGCUAGUCGAUGCAGCAAGUAAAGGAACUUCAGGACUAUCUCAGCAGAACAACUUGGAUUUAGAUUAUGAAAGAAGCAGAGCUGAGAAUAUAUUGGAUAGCCAAAUAUUACGUUCAGAGUCUUCACUGCUGUACGAUGAUCUGGAAGACGCACCGGAACAUGCAAACAAGCACAUGUCAGAUGCAGAAAGUGAUUACAGUAUAAAGUCGGUUAAAGAAUUGAGUAAAGAGCCAGAUGUUAGUAAGUGGUAUGAAGAACAGCUUACAUCGUUGAGGAAUUCAAUGUGCGAAGACGAUGACGAAGAAAUCACUUAUAAUGGUAUGCCUGUUUUGAGUCCUACAUUACGGUUUUCCCUGUCAAAUCAGUAA